AUGGGCUACCUGGCAUUUCUCAUAUAUCGAAUCAUCAACGACAAACCAUUGAUACAAAUAACUUAUGAGUAUUUGGACAAACUCAGCAUUCCUGAAAUUGAACUCUGUGGUGAUCACAGUGAUAUCGAAAUAUCUAAAUGCAUUUUCCAUUGGAAUAAUAACGAAAAUUCCACUGACGGCUGUAGCCCGGAAAGCAAAAUAUUUGAAUCUGAAAAAGUCACGACAGUGGAUCAGGAUGGGGUUAAGCAUUGCUAUACUCUUCGAGCUAACAGUAGUUAUUUUUUCAGUGACUCGGAAAAAAUCUCUGAAGGGUUGUCGGUAGGGGGCAUUGAUUUUUAUUUCAAAAUUCUUAAUAUUUCCGCCGUUAUCGAGCAUUUUUUAUCCGUGGGAACUAUUACAGGCAAAAUAAUGGAUAAAGAAUUCAAGAAUUUAUCACCGACAAAUCCAGUAAAAAAACGAUUGGAUCAACAAAUGAAUACGUUCGCGGGCAUACAAAAUGUAUCGGCUCUGAUAUUCUUUAAGAAAACCACCUUGUCCACUUUACCCGACGACAUCUCCACAAUUCUCGGCCUACCUCCUAAUUACAUUAGCACACCCUUCUUUACCACUGUGUCGAAAUACUUUCAAAUGCAUCCAAAUGAUAGCUUUCCCUUUACAGGUCACUUUUAUGUUGCUCCAGGAAGUUUUCUCCACGAAGUGCAAUCUGAAAAACGUUCGUAUACGGUUCUUGGGACUCUGGGAGUGGCUGGUGGUGCUAUUGGAUUGAUUGGUGGAAUUUAUAUGUUGUUUUUUGGACAACCAAGAAUUAAUCCUUGUGAUGGAAGAUCAAGAUGUUUUGGGUUUAUUGGAUAUCGUACAGAAAAAGAAGCUAAUGAAGCAAUAAAAUAUUUUAAUAAUACGUAUAUUUAUACUUCAAAAGUUAUUGUGGAACUGGCGAAACCUGUUGAUGAUUCAUCAUUACCAAGACCAUGGAGUGCUUAUAUUAAAUUUGAAGCAAGUUUUCCUAAUAAUAUAAAAACAAAAAAUUCUGUUGACGAUGAUGAAAAAUUGAAUGAAUUUUUACAAGUCAUGCAACCACGAUCAAAAUCAAAAACUUGGACAAAUGAUGACGAAAUAACAAAUUUAGAUUUUCAAAAUAAAAUGAUUAUUGAUAAUAGUGAUGAAGAAGAUGACAAUUUAUAUCAAGAUUUACCAAGUUCAAAAAAUAAAAAAAAUGCUGCUGAUUUAGAUGAUAAAAAAGAUGACGAGCGAGAAAAUAUUGAUAAAGAUCCUUCCUCAUCAGCAGAUAACAUGAAAAUUCCAUACUCUAUUGAUUUACGAAAAAAUCCCGAGUCAAAAAAUUCUGAUGAAAUGCCACCUGAAGAAUCUAUCGGCGAAACAGGACGACUUUUUGUUAGAAAUUUACCAUAUUUAGCUACGGAAGAGGAUUUGCAAAAAUUAUUUAAUAAAUAUGGACCGCUUGCUGAAGUUCAUUUACCAAUUGAUAAAGAAACCAAAAUACAAAAAGGAUCAAAUUUGAAAAUGCAAAGGGAAAUGAAACAAAAAUCUUUAGCAGGAAAUGAUUUUAAUUGGAAUACAUUAUAUAUGAAUAGUGAUGCCAUUGUACAAUCGAUUGCAAAAAGGCUUGAUAUUAAAAAAUCGGAUAUCCUUGACCCUAAUUCAGAUAAUAUGGCAGCCAAACUUGCACUUGCAGAAACUCAUAUAAUUCAAGAAACUAAAGGAUAUUUUGAACAACAAGGAGUUAAAUUGGAAUCAUUUAACAAAAAAGAAAAAAGUGAUACAAUAAUUUUAGUAAAGAAUAUGCCAUUUGGAGUUGCAAAAGAAGAAUUGCAACAAAUUUUUGGAUGGUAUGGUGAUAUUGAACGUUAUAAGAAUUCGACAGAAGCAAAAACGGCAUUUCAAGAUCUAGCAUAUAAAAAAUUUAAAGGAGUUCCUCUUUACUUAGAAAAAGCACCAAAAGAUAUUUUUCAAUUAGAUUCAGCAAAUCUUGAUAACGAAACACGACCUCCGUUAUCAUCAGCAGACUUGGUAGAAUCGUCAUCUAAUAACAAUAUUGGUAGUAAUAAGAAUAAUGAAGGGGGGCAGGAAGAGGAUGAAGAUAUGGAAGUUGUUACAUCAUCAGAAAUCGCGGCAACUUUAUUUGUUAAAAAUAUUAGUUUUGAUACAACUGAAGAAAGUUUGAAAAAUACAUUUAAGAAUACACCUGGAUUAAGGUCUGUUAGGAUUAAAAUGAAAAAUGAUCCAAAAAAUCCAGGUAAAAAACUAAGUAUGGGAUUUGGAUUUAUUGAAUAUGAUGGUAUGAAAACUGCCAAAAAUGCAUUAAAAGGCUAUAUAUUAGAUGGACAUGCAUUACAAUUGAAAUUUUCCAAUCAUGGGUUAGAUUCAGUGCAAAGACAAAGAAAAGAAGAAGAAAAUGAUAAAAAAAGACAAGAAUCAACAAAAAUUGUUGUAAAGAACCUUGCAUUUGAAACAACAAAAAAAGAUUUAAGUGAAUUAUUUAGUGUAUACGGACAAAUUAAAACAAUAAGGUUGCCUAAAAAAUUUGAUGGACAAAUAAGAGGAUUUGGAUUUAUAGAAUUUUUAACAAAAAGAGAUGCGAGGAAUGUUAUUGAUAAAUUACAACAUACACAUUUGUUGGGUAGACAUUUAAUUUUACAAUAUGCAGAGAAAGAUAAAGAUUUGGAAGAAUUAAGAGAAAAAAUUAGUAAAGAAUAUAUUAAUGAUGAUGAAAAGAUGAUGUCAACGAAGAAAAGAAAGAAAGUUGACUUUGAUGAUUGGAUUGAAGUUAAUCAGAAUCAAAAUGAAGGUGAAGAAGAAGAUGAUGAUGAGGUGAUAAUACAGCAAGAGGGGAAAGGUGGAAAAGUGGGUGGUGGUGGUGGUGACAACGGCAGAAAGAAGAUGAGGAGUAGAAGGAAGAAAAAAUAG